AUGAAAGAGCAAGCAUUUGAAAAUGAUCAACUGGGGUUUACUCUACAAAGUCUUAACUUGAAAUCUAAGGAACCUGGCUAUCAUUUGCAUGUGUCUACUUCUGUGAAGCCUGUCAUGUCCCGUAUGAUCACAAAGUUCAUGAACUAUGUGAUGCAAGUCCGUAAAACAUUCAAAGACGUCUGUGUCAUUGCACACAAUGGGCAGGGUUUUGAUUUUCAAUUUUUGCUCAAGUAUGUGCUAGAAGAUACAAAGUUCACUCCAAAACUUGUAAUGCGGGGAACUAAGGUCAUUUUGAUGGAGAUUGACAAUGUGAGGUUUAUUGAUUCACUUAGUUAUUUCCCUAUGCCUCUUGCUGCACUGCCCAAAGCCUUUGACCUGCCUCCCGAAAAGAAGAAAGGCUAUUUUCCCCACCUCUUCAACACCCUUGAGAAUCAAAAUUACGUGGGCCCUAUACCGGAAAAAAGGUUUUACUGCCCAGAAUCAAUGUUUGAAAAAUCACACAAAGAUUUUGAAAACUGGUAUAAUGAUCAGGUUGCAAACCACGUUACAUUUGACUUUAAGAAAGAAAUCCUCGAGUACUGUGUAUCAGACGUUGAUAUCUUGGCCCAAGCUUGUUUAAAGUUCCGCUCAAUUUUCCUCCAAGAGUGUAAUGUUGACCCUUUUCUUGAAGCUGUAACCAUCGCCAGCGCUUGUAACUUGGCCUUCCGUCGGAAUUUUUUGAAACCUAAAACAGUUGGUUUGAUCCCAAAGAACGGGUAUAGGCUUACAGACGCUCAGUCGGCUAUUGCGUUACAGUGGCUAUCGUGGGAAGAGGGCAAACGUGGAGUUAGAAUUGAACACGCUGGCCGUGGCAAAGAAGUUAAGAUCAAUGGAAUGAAAGUUGAUGGGUAUGAUGGACAAAAUAUUUACGAAUUUCAAGGCUGCUACUUCCAUGGCUGCCCUAAAUGCUUUCCCUACGACCGUGAACUGGCUUUGAAAGAGGACCCCUCUGACUCACUCUAUUUGCGGUAUGAACGGACUAAAUCGAAAAUAGCAAAGUUGGGCGAUAACGUUGUACAAAUGUGGGAAUGUGAAUUUAGAAAGUUAAAAAAGACGGAAAACCUAAAACAUCUAGACAAGUUGCCGAUCCUCAACAAUUUACCUCUGAACCCGAGGCAAGCAUUUUUUGGGGGGAGAACCGGGAACGCUAAAACCUAUCACAAAUGCGCCGAAGGGGAAACCAUUGAAUACGUUGAUGUAUGCUCUCUCUAUCCCUGGGUAUGUAAAUACGGCAAGUACCCUGUAGGACAUCCAACGAUCUAUGUAGGAGACAAAGAGUGUAGACAGAGAGGUCUCAAUGUUGAGGGUUUAUUAAAGUGUAAAGUACUCCCACCUCGUGAGCUCUAUCACCCCGUUCUCCCAGCCAAAAUGAAUGACAAGUUAAUGUUUGUUUUGUGCGCGACAUGUGGAGAAACUCAAAAUCAGAAGAAUUGUGUAUGUAAAACUGAGGAGAGAGUUUUAACAGGAACCUGGACAAUGGAUGAAGUUCGUAAAGCUGUAGAAAAAGGCUACAUUAUUUUGGAAAUGUUUGAACUUUGGGAGUAUAAGGUAGCCACAUAUGAGAAUGGGGGUUUGUUUACAGAUUUUAUAAAUAAAUUUCUAAAAAUGAAACAGGAAGCGUCAGGGUUCCCAGGCUGGUGUAAGACUGAUGAGGACAAAAACAAGUAUAUUGAUGACUAUUUUAAAAAAGAGGGUGUCCAACUAGAAAAAGACAAAAUUGUAAAAAAUGGUGGUUUGAGGUCGUUGGCUAAACUUAUGUUGAACUCGUUUUGGGGCAAGUUUGGACAGCGUGAAAAUCAGACCAAAGCUACAAUCGUCAGGGAUUCAAAAACACUUUUUAAGAUGUUUUCAAGUCCUGAAAUAGAUGUAAAUAGAGUGCAGAUUGUCAAUGACGAGGUUGUUGUUGUUAGCUGGGAGUACAUUGAUGAGGUUGGUGAGCCGUUGCAAAAUGUAAAUGUUGUGGUGGCAGCUUACACUACUGCCCAAGCGAGAUUGAAGCUCUAUGAGCAUCUAGAUUCCCUGGGUGGUCAAGGGAGGUGGAGGGAGAAUCAUUUCCCCCACUCCGCAGCGCCAGGGGACAACAUCGCGAUGAUGGAGGUGGAGGGAGAAUCAUUUCCCCCACUCCACAGCGCCAGGGGACAACAUCGCGAUGAUGGAGGUGGAGGGAGAAUCAUUUCCCCCACUCCGCAGCGCCAGGGGACAACAUCGCGAUGA